CUGAUGCUAAUCCAGAAGUGACCUCAUACCAGCUGUUUGAGAACGGAACUGCAAUUUUAAACACAAGUACCGCAGGAAUGUGGAGCAAGACUUUGGAAAAUGAAGGAGUGUUUGUCUACAAAUGUGUGGCUAACAACUCUCUAGGAUCAGAUUACAGCAUGAAUGUUGCUGUUACUAUAAAUGUUCCUUCUUCAAUUAUUCAAAUAACACAAUAUCAGAAUGCUACUGAAGGUGAAAAUGUGACUCUUAUGUGUAUUGUAUCUGGAGUUCCCCCACCAACGGUGUCUUGGAUGAAACCUAACGGUGAACGUGAUAAUGGAUACAGUUUGGGGGUUAAAAAUGUUAGGAGGAGUCAAGCUGGUAAAUACAAAUGUGAAACCAGUAAUGAGUGUGGCAAUGCAACAAAGAUGACAAGAAUUUAUGUGCAGUUCAAACCAGAGAAUGUCCAGUUAAAUAGUUCAGCCAUGAAUAACACAGCGUGUGAGGGAAAAGUCAUCAGCUUUAACUGCUCAGCUGAUGCUAAUCCAGCAGUGACAUCAUACCAACUGUUUGAGAACGAAACUGCCAUUUUCAACACAAGUGCCGCAGGAAUGUGGAGCAAGACUUUGUUCCUUCUUCAAUUAUCCAAAUAACACAACAUCAGAAUGCUACUGAAGGUGACAAUGUGACUCUUAUGUGUAAUGCAUCUGGAGUGCCCCC